AUGCCUUUGUUUAAAAAAAACUCUUUCAGGAAUUUCGGCACCAUGGCGCAACAGAUUCCGCUGCUAACAAGGAUGCCGGCCGCUUUGCGAAAGGAAGUGAUGCCAUUCGUUUCUUUCGUGCUUGAUGCCACUCAGAAGCUGUUGCCGUCAAUGCGUGAAACGUCCUAUCGUUACGUGCUUGGAGAUGCUGUUCACGCAUUUCUAUCAUUUUAUGAGACGAUCUCUAACUCGGAAGCAGCUGCUUAUUUUGGUGAGAAAUUGAUAGCCUGCUGCAUGAAAUUCUUUAGUUCUCAUACGGAGACGGUAUCUCCAAUGUUCUUAAUAAAUCUAAUACAAUCC